AUGAGCAUCGCAUCGCUCCUGGCGGUCGCCACGAUUGCAUACACCAGCUCGGAUCUCGAGAGCGGCUCGGACCUGUACGUGAGCACGCCGCACGGCCUUUGGCUGAAGAAGUGCGUGCACGCCAUCCCGGAAAACGCACGCGUGCAUGAGCACGCAGACGGAUUGAUGGUGCAUCUCUUGGAGUCGGGAUCGGCGUACCUCAUUUCACACGACAAGGAGUGCGAGGCCGAGGCCGAGGGGAUGGCUCGGCAGCGGCGAGAGACGAACCAGUGGCAGGACGACACCGGCUUCCGCCACGAAGGCCUUUUGAACUUCACCGCAAUUUACACCGCGCCUGAGGAGUACCCACCCGACGAGGGACAGCUGCUGUACUACUUCAUUGGCCUCGAAAACUCGCACGGGCCACUCACGAUCGUGCAGCCGGGUCAGUCGCUCCACGGGAAGACCGUGCCGACCACGCCGGGCGUGCCCAUCAACACGUGUCUCCUCGUCUGCAUGUAUCGAUCCGUGACCCCCGACGCCGGGUCCGAGCGAGUGUCUAACAACACGUGCUCAAUCGAGCUGUUGAGGCCGGCCAGCUCGGGAAUCACGGAUCCGUCGCCCUUGCGCGCAUGCUCCUUAGGCCGUUUGUGUUACCUCUCAAUUGCUCUAGUUCAUCUCCUUUACGAUACGGCGGAAUUGCUCUCAGUGAGUUACGUAUGCGCCGCCACUUGUGCACAUCAACACAUCUACACGACCGCGGACGGAAAAGUCGAGAUCGGGAUGGAGCGCCUGGCCGAGGGCCCUCCCGCUAAGUCGUCGUUCACGGUACCGCUCCUGAAGCGUGACUGGACGUACGCUGUCGCCACGCUGGAGACGUACAAACAGAAAGAUUGCGCCUCGACGACGAGCCGCCCGUUCCACUUCACCGACAUGAAGCUGUCGGAUUCCGGGGGGCCGGUCACCCCAAAGUGGUUUGCCGGCAUGAAGCAGACGGCGUGCAAGGGGGGAGCAACGAUUCAUGGGCCGUCAUCGGUCGACCUCUACGGCGCCAAGAUGCCCGAGUCGGCUUGA